AUCCCUCGAGAUGACGAUAUCCUUGCCUCCGUCCACAAGACCCUCUCUGACUGGGCGGGCAGUGGGGUCAACUUCGCCCUGGUAGAAACAGCCGGCGGGGUUCAUUCUCCCGGACCCAAUGGCAACUCCCAGGCAGACCUAUAUCGCCCUCUCCGACUACCAAUUGUGCUUGUCGCGGACUCCCGACUGGGUGGUAUCUCCUCGUCCAUUUCCGCUUAUGAGUCACUCUUGCUUCGGGGCUACGAUAUCAAUUCGGUCUUAAUCUUCCGCGAUGAGUACGUUAGUGCCACUGCCGUCGCCCCCUCCAAAGCCGCCGGCGCAUGAGGUAGAUUCCUUGGCGCGGGACGAGGAAGCCAUGGCCACUUACUAUGGCCGCGUCGCGCAGGGAACGGAUAUUACAGGUUUAUUAGAACAGCUAAACACCAAGAAUGCGGAAAGAAUUGACCGCUUGGAAUCCAUGUCGAGCCGGGCACAUGCCGCCAUAUGGUAUCCGUUCACACAGCACCAUGGCAUGGAGGCUAAGGAUAUCACUCCGAUUGACUCGGCCUACGAUGACUAUUUCCAAACAUUUGUAGAAUCGGACAAGUCCCCUCAUCAGAGCCAGCUGCGCGCGACCUUUGACGGAUCGGCAUCCUGGUGGACGCAAGGCUUGGGUCAUGGCAACCCAAGUUUAGCCUUGUCGGCCGCAUAUGCUGCUGGACGGUACGGCCAUGUCAUGUUUCCCGGCAAUAUUCAUGAGCCGGCUUUGUCGCUGGCGGAGCUCUUAGUCAAGAGCAUUGGCAACCCUCGACUCCAGAAGGUCUUCUAUACCGACAACGGGAGCACCGGAAUGGAAGUUGCUGUGAAGAUGGGUCUCCGGGCGGCAUGCGACCGCUAUGGAUGGGAUGCCAGCAAGGAGCAAAUCAGUAUCCUUGGACUCAAGGGGAGCUAUCACGGUGAUACCAUUGGCGUCAUGGAUUGCUCGGAACCUUCCACUUACAACAAGAAAGUCGAAUGGUAUCGCGGCCGUGGUUACUGGUUUGAUUUCCCUCUGGUAAAGAUGUCCCAUGGAGUGUGGAAGAUUGAGAUGCCCGAGAAUCUUCAAGAGCCAUUGGGCUCGGAUCUCGAAUUCUCGUCUUUGGAUGGCGUCUUCGACGUAGAAGAACGGCUGCAAUCGGCAGCGGGGAAGCGCUACAAGGAAUAUAUUCGAGACACCAUUCAGGGUCUGGUUCACAAGCAAGGGAUGAAGUUUGGCUCCCUUAUCAUGGAGCCCAUUAUUCUAGGUGCCGGCGGCAUGCUCUUUUGUGACCCUCUGUUCCAACGGUGUCUCGCCGAUGUCGUCCGCGGCCAUCCUGAGCUGUUUGAUGCUAGCGCAGCUAAGCCUGCCAAGGGUCACCCCCAGGGAGGAGUAGCAACCUCGUGGUCUGGUCUCCCUAUCAUCUUUGACGAGGUUUUCACCGGGCUUUACCGUCUUGGCCGCAGAUCCUCGGCGUCAUUCCUCCAGGUCGACGCUGACAUCACCGUCAACGCGAAACUUCUGACCGGUGGCCUUCUCCCCCUGUGUACUACGAUGGCUAGCGAUGAAAUAUUCCGGGCCUUUUCCAGCCCGGAAAAGAGCGACGCCUUGCUUCACGGGCACAGUUAUACGGCACAUGCCGUUGGAUGCCAGGUUGCCGUGGAUUCUCUGCAAGCCAUGAUAGGAAUGGAAAGCAGUGGGUCCUGGAAUGGGUACCGCCAGGACUGGACUGCAACCCUGUCCGAGGGUUCGAGAGCGCGGGAUAUUUGGAGUGUGUGGUCUCACGGUUUAGUUAGUGAUCUAUCCCAUGCUCCGACGGUUGAUGGGGUGUUUGCCAUAGGAACGGUGCUCAGUAUUUCACUGAAAGAUAUGCAGGGGGGAGGUAAGUCAACCCAUUCGGUUCAAUCAGUUGUCCCGGACUAACAUGUGACGUCUCCACCACGCAUAUAGGCUACACCUCGACAGCCGCCAGAGGCUUGCAGCAGCGGUUAUCUACGAGUGACGGAAAGUUUAACGUGCAUUCGCGUGUGCUUGGAAAUGUCCUGUACCUCAUGUCGAGUCUCACUUCCCAAUCGGAGGCCCUGCGGUCCAUUGAGGGGUUGCUGCGGGAAGCCCUCCUACCGUGAUGAUCCAGUGCAACAAAUUUACUUUC